AUGCGGCUAAAAGAUUCAAAAGAUGACGAGAAUGAGACAGAAACAGUAUUUGAGCAUAAUCCGUUUGACCCGUUUUCUUUCGAAGCUAAGGAUGCAGAAACAGCAAUAUUAUUAUUACAAUCUAAAGAAAAAUCUAUUCUAUUAGCAACAGUGAAAGCAUUGUCACAGUAUGCAAACAAAUCAAAGGAUAAUAUAAAAAUGCUUUUAGAUCUCGACAUCGUAAAGAAUAUUCUUCCUAUUAUUGAACAUGAAGAUAUAUUUACUCGAAGAUUUGCUGCAAAGCUGCUUGUAGAAAUAAUAACGGUACCAGAUAUGACAACCUAUUUUAUUGAAUUUAAUUAUUUACCAUAUUUUGCAAAAUUAUUAACUACUGAAGAAGAUAUCUUCAUGCAAGAAUAUUUUUCCGCGAUACUUGUAAUGUUAUCCCAAGAUCCAUACGGUGCAGCGCUGUUGGUAGAAUACUGUCCAAACAUGAACUUUCUCUUUGAAAAAAUACAAUCUCCAGAUCCAGAUAUAAAGAAGAAUAGCAUACACAUUCUAUAUAAUUUAAUGCAAGAUCCCGCGGGUGCAAAUAAAAUUUUGAAAUCCAAGCAACUUAACCUUUCUUUGAUAUUUGAACAUUUUGAAUCAUCGUAUCCAGAGAUUCAGCAACAAGCGUUAAAUAUAGCUGCUGCUAUAAUUGCCAUGAAUAAAGAUGAAGCGAUACAAUCUUCAUUCCUCCAAGCAAACGGAGUUAGAACUCUAUUAAAUUUCUUAAAAAAUGAUAAGUGGAACGAUUUACACGUUGAAGCCUUAAAAAUAUUAAAUCAAGCUGUUGAGAAUCCAGCAAUUGUAAAUGAAUUUAUUAACAGUGGAGGUGUUCAACAAAUAUUAAACUACAUAGAAAAAGUAGCGAGUUCUGAACUUUUUACGGAAACUUUUAAAAUCAUCACGCAUAUUGCAAAUACUUCGGAUGGAAGAAAAAUUCUACAUUCACAUGGAAUGGUUGGAUACUUAAUAGACAUUUUAGAGCGAUCAACACAAUCUGAUGUAGUUGAGAUUAUUUGUCACGCAGUUGGAAAAAUGGCACUUUAUAAUCCCGCUGCGGAGGAAUUUGCAAGCCAGAAAACCAUUGAAAAUAUUUUAGAUAUAUUGAGAAAAGAAGACUUACAGUGGUCCGCAAAACAUACUGCGAUUUACGGGCUGAAACAAUUAUUAGCGAGCGAUGUUAGAAAUUGCGAUAUUUUUUUGAACCUUCAUGGACAAGAUUAUUUAUUACAAAUGAUGAAAAAAUCUGAAAAAGAAGCUCCCAUAGAAACUUACAUUAUAGCUCUCAAAGCUUUGAUUGUCGUGGCGCGUCAUUCAUCUCACAGAAAUUCUUUGAUUAAUUUUAAUACUAUUAACACACUUUGCUUGUUUCUCGAGUCAACUUAUUCAUAUGUUGACGAAUUUAAGAUCGUUUGCUGCAAUCUACUAUCUAUAUUAUGCUUGGAAAAGGAUGGAAAGCGAUAUUUCCUCGAAGCAAAUGGUCCCGAAAAAUUGUACGCUCUCAUUACUGAUGCUUAUUCGAUCCCGGUAAGAAAUUUCGCGGUACAAAUGAUACAAACGAUUUCUACAGAUCUAGUUGUGGCCGACGCUUUUAUAAAGAGCAAAUAUUUACAAUACAUGUUAAAUAAUCGCUCAUCCGCAAGAAUAAUCUCUUCAUGGGAUAGUUGCAUACAGACGCUCUUCAAGUCACACUUACCAGCUAAAUUUACUUUCACGGGACGUUUGUCUCUAUACGAUAUUACUCAAGAUGGAUUUUACGUUGUACGAAAAAGCAUAUGCCCAUUCCCAGCAUUGGAUGAGAUUUUUCGACUUAAAUGUUCUCCGAUAGAGCCUAUUUACACAGUAAACUUCUCACGACCGUCAACACCAUUAAGCGCUUUACAAAACGAAGUGCCUUUUGAAGGAGAUAUAAAUUCGCAGCUUGAAUUAAAAUACGGACGAUUACAACACGAUCCAUAUUUAAUCGAAUAUGUGGAACUUUUUAAAAAUAUGCUUUCGAUAAUGGAACCACAAAAUGUAGCGACAGCUUUGGACAUUGGAUUGACAAAUAUCCAGUACAUUUCUUCACGUUCGAAAACGCUGGCGCAAUUUGUGGCCCGUCAACUGUCUGGAUUCGACCCGGAGAACAAAUGCAUCCCUCAUCAGGUGGAAAUUCACUUGAAAGAAAUUAAGCAACGCUUAGGGACGAGCGUGAUUCCACUUGGGCAACUUCGCGUAGGCUCCUAUCUCGAAAGAGCUCUGCUUUUCAAGGUGAUAGCUGAUAGAAUAUGCCUUCCAGCCGCUCUCGUGCGAGGAGGAUACGGUAUAUCGUGGAUUGAAAUAGCUGUACCUCGAAUUAAAGAUUCAGACGAAGAGAAAUCAUCCCGCGCUUAUUUCGAUGAAAAUGAUGAAUACCGUUCGAAAAUAACUAUGUCUGUCUCCUUGAAAUUAUCAAACAAAUCAGACGCUCAUUUACACGAUGAUAAAUAUAAAACAGAAAAAGUAUCUCCUCUGCGCGAUGAUCGAUCGACGAUUUAUCCGAUCAAACAUAUGAGACCGAAUUUCAUCGUUGAUUUGAUGGACACACCAGGUGAUUUAAUCCCGAUCGGAAGUCCUCGCUCGAAAUUAUAUUGUACCGUCAAUUUGACUUGUAAUAAAAAAUGUUGCCAAUAAAAAUUGACUUGCUUUGAGUAAAGCAAGAUAAAAUGUG